AUGUUUAACAAGUUUCGUCAAUAUCUAAUUGAAUGGAAUGUAUUUAUGUCCGAGGAUCAAAACUAUAAUGUGAAUAAUGGCCAUUCUCAGCAAACAACUAAUACUAAUCCGCAAUUAUUACAAGAGCAACGAAUUGCUACACGAGUAUACGUCAUAUCUCUCACAAUUUCUUUGUUCAUUCUGAUAAUGUCUACAUUACUCAGUUGGCAAAAAAUAAUCGUUACAAUUCAUAAUCCAUCACUUAAGACCUAUCAACAACUUCAAGAUAAAUAUUCAGCAACUUUGAACUGUCCUUGUUUGAUUAAUACAAUGCCUUAUAAGCAGUUUAUAAUCGCUGAAAUGACGAUGCAUCAAAUUUGUUCAAGUGAUUUUAUUAGUAAACAAUGGAUUCAUGCUCUUUUCAUUCCUGAUGCUAGUCGUUAUAGUGCAAUUGACUUUCGAACAACGGCAAGUUCACAAUUCGAAGUCUUAAAAACAUUAUGUGCAUUAGCACGUGACAAUAUUUUUGAUGUAUUAUUUAAUUUAAAUGAUACACAAUUGCUUUCUAGCAAUUUAUUGAGAGAAAAUGAAAUUUUUAUUCAAACUAAAAUCAGCAGUGAACGGAUUCUAAGUGAUACGACAGUACGUUUAAAUAAUGCAUUGAAAUUAAUCAAAUUAUCAACACAAAGUAAUGUUAUUUCUUCAGCACUGAAUACUAAUAUUGUUUAUUCUGCAAGUCGUUUUGUAAAUUUUCAAACUUACAAAUAUAUCUCAAGUUAUACAGGAUGGCAUUGGACUGCUAAUAAUCAAACAACCAUCUGUGUUUGUCAUAUUAAUACAUGCACUUUACCUGCCGGUUUCUAUUCUUUUGCUGAUAAGAACGAUUUUUAUCUUCAUACAAAACUAGUACCUCAAGAACACGAUGUUUCCGAUUUAGUACCUGGCUUUGUCGGUUCGUGCACGCCGUAUGAAGCUGUAUUUCAAGCAAAAUUUAUUUGUCUUUAUGAUAUAAAAUGUAUUAAGACAUUAGCUGAUUACUUUCCGCGACUUGCUCAAUUAAUUCCAACAAUUAAAGUUCUAAAUGCUUCAAUAGCAAGUAAAUAUUCUCGAAACGUAAGUGUUAGUCAACUGGUUGAAGAACUUUUUCUUGAACAACGGAGAAUCUCCAUCGAUUAUAAUCAUUACUAUGCUGCAUGUGCUCCGAAAAUGUGUACUUAUUCGUAUAGAAAACAAGCUAAUUUUGCUUAUACGAUUACCAUGUUCAUUAGUGUCUAUAGUGGACUGCGGACUAUCUUGAGAUUUAUCGUUCCAUUGAUUGUCAGUGAACAAACAACUAGUGUAAUUUAUGAUCAUCCAUCAUAUACUAUUUAUAAACAACUUUAUAUGAAAUAUUCAGAUAAACUUAUUUGUUCUUGCUCGGAAAUCACUCCUAACUAUGGAUCAUUUAUUAAUAUAACUCCUAUAUAUCAUCCAGUAUGUUCAAGUGCAUUCAUCAAACCUAUAUGGUUAAAUCAAUUAAAAUUAUUGAGAGGUGGAGCAUUUGUAAUGUCUGAUUGGCGAGUAAUGUCUCUCGGUUAUUUCCAAUCCUUAGCUGCAUUAUGUGAAUUAGCUCAUAAUACUGUAAACAAUGAUUUACAAGUAUUUCGUACACGUACUAUAGUUACAACUCGAUUACUCAAGGAAGGUUUACUACGUAGUGAAAUCGAUAAUACAUUACAACACUUAAUUCAUUCUAUGCAAAUUGAAUUUGAACGUGUCAAUAAUAUUCUUCGAUUACUUUUUCAAGUUAAUCAAUAUUUUGCAGGAUCAACCUAUAAUGGACAACUUCAUAUAACCUUUCAAUCUGAUAAAGAAAACCUUAAGAUCAAAUUUGAUUUUGCUCGUCCUGGAAAUAUAUAUGAAGAUACAAAAUGUUUAUGCGCUUUGCAUUUAGGUUGUGGAGAACCAAUGGUAAUUGUUCAUGCUGCAAAAAGAAUGACUGUACCAGGUUUUGUAUGGCGUUGUUCAGCAAUGGAUUCUAUUCUUUCUUCAACAUUGCAAUGUUUGUAUUCUAAUACAAAUUGUCUUCAAUUUAUUUUACUUCGUUAUAUUAAUUAUACAAAUGUAGCCGUUCCGGUUCCACCACUUAAUAUUUCUCAAUUAAUUCGAACUUCAAGUAAUUCAACUGUAUCCACACUAGCUGAUAAUCUAUUUGUAGAAGAAUGGAAAAAAUCAUUAUCUUAUGUACAAUAUUUUAAUAUAUGUGCUCCAAGUAUAUGUUGGUACACAUAUGUUAAACGUGCAAAUUAUCUAUACGUUAUAAGAAUGUUUCUAACUGUCUAUGGUGGUUUAACACUUGCAUUGAGUUUAUUAGUUCCAUUAAUGGUAAAACUUGUUUUACAAUGUCGACAUCAAUCAGUAGACAAAGAAAAUAAUAAUAUAGUAGAACGGAUAUCAGUAAGCGAACGAUUUCGUACUUUUUAUCAAUGGCUAUCUCAAGCUUUAAAAACAAAACUAACUGAUUUUACUUUAUUUCAAACAUAUUCAUUUGGUCGACAUGUUGAUCAGAUUACAAGAAUACAACUUGAUCGUCUUACAACUAGACUUUACAUAUGUUGUUAUGCUAUUGGUCUAACAAUACUUAUUUUGUACACUUCAUUUGAACAACGAACUGCAACAACAGAACUUCAUAAUCCUUCAUUACUUGGUGCUCAACAAUUACAAACUAAACAGACCGGAACAGUUGAAUGUCCAUGCACAAGAGCAUCUAUACCAUUGAACGAAUUUGUUAACAUUGAAACACGUUUUCAUCAAAUAUGUACAAGUGCGUUUGUCAAAGACGAAUGGCGUGAAGCUCUUCUUGUAGAUUUUGAGAAUUUGUCUGACUUUUUACGAACAAAUGAUUAUCGUCAUUUUCUCUCUGCACAUCUACAAUUUCUCUCCGGUCUAUGUUAUCAAGCAAUAAAACAUGUAAAUGAUACAUUACGUUCAUUUACUUCAACUUAUUUUAUUACCAGUCGACUUCUAUCUCAAACAUCGUUCAACAAACAAUUAUCAUACUUAUUAUAUCAAACUGAAGCGCACAUACCUACAUUGUUUGCUCGUGUAUUAGAGUCAGUACAAGCAAUCAAUCAUGGGAAUGUCCUUAUGACUGUUUAUGGAAGCAAUUAUGAAUUUAUCGCUCGAAAUACUCGCAGGGGUUCAUCAACAGUAUUAUAUACAUUACCAAUAAUUUACUAUGGAUCUGAAAAUUGUUCAUGUGGAUUACAAUCAAAAUGUCUUUCACAAGCUGCUUUUACUUGGCCUGACUACGCUACAGUGAAAGGUCUAUUAAUUGGAUGUUUACCAAGUGAAUCGUUCUUAGCUUCAACACUUGAAUGUUUCUUCGAUAUUGAUUGUAUCAAUAUUAUUCGGAGUCAUAUGUCUGGUUAUAUUCAUCGAACUCUUGCAGUUCCUCUCAAUACGAGUUCUAUCACUCAUUCACGAUAUCAGAUCAAUACGACAGUGAAUGAUUUAGUAAACAAAUUAUUUAUGGAAGAAUGGUCAACAAAUAUUUCUUAUGAUCGUUACUUUGCUAAAUGUGCACCGAAUAUUUGUACAUAUUCAUAUAUUGAAAAUGCAAAUCCACUUCAUGUAGCAAGUACUUUGUUGGGUUUAUACGGUGGAUUAACAGUAGUGUUAACGUUUCGUGAAUCUAAUACAAAACGAACAUUUAUAACAGUUGUACUAGAAGAAAAUUGA